AUGGAAGGUGAUAGCUCGUCCGAUGUACCUGAUGACACAAACGAUGAGGCAUUUGGGAGUACAUUUCUCAAGAAGAGACGAAAAAGAACAAUUAUUGCAGCCGAACAAUUAUUGAAAUUGGAAGGUUUGUACAAACAAGAACAAUGGCCGAACCGAGAGAAGAAAGAGAAGUUGGCCAGACUCAUCGGGAUGUCAACACACUUUGUAAAUAUUUGGUUCCAAAAUAAAAGAUCUAGAAUGAAGAAGAUGGCACAGGAACAGGAAGAACUUUCUACGCUAACAGUCUCAAAUAUUGUGAGAAAUAUUCCCGAUAGUCCUUUAACUCCUGUAACCCUACCAGUGCAUAUUGCACCAAAACCACGAGCCACCAAGCCGCUUGGUUCCACUUCCAAUGAUAUCGCUGAAUCGUCAAAGUCAAUUCCGGAAAUACCACGAGGAAUGACCACUACAUCAACUUGCGACACACACAAGGCGACAUCCCACAAGGAACAGACCUGGACAUAUAAUGGUUCUACCUCAGUGCCAACAAACAAUUCUACCUGUAUGAAUGGGAAAAGAAACCUAUUACAAUGUAUUGUUGCUAUGACAGCGGUAGACGAAGGUGGAAUUGUAACUGUGGGUGACUCAAGUUAUGAUACUGCAGUGAAUUCAGCUCUUUAUGGAAUUCAACUUGAGACAGAUAGUUGUGUAUUGGUAUAUAGUAAAGAGUAUGGAUUUGAUAUACAUAAGAACAAGGAUGGAUUCUGAUCCAGGAAAUUUGUAAUUCAGCCUGUAUUUUAAAGCAUAUGUGAACCUUUGUAGAUAAGGAAAAUAAUUUCUUUUUUUUGUUUUGGCAGUAAUUCAUGAUAAUGUUUAC